AUGGAAUCCAACCAGACCAGUGCACAUGGCUUUUGGAGGUAUCUGAUCAAUUCUCAGAAGCGCGCAACACCACAGCUUGAGCAGCUAUGUCUUGGAAUAGCAAAAGUCAUCCCAACCCUAGAGCCUCGCUCCGACUCCGACCUCCUCACCCCGCAACGCCUCGCUCUCUUCUAUAGAUCCGUCGGCGGCAACUAUGACUCCCUCUUCCUCAAAACCUCGGAAAGUGGUCUUUCUUUCAUGUAUACCACCCUCGGUUGCUUCCACAGCCUACAGCCCACCCAGUCUCCUUUCGAUACUCCAAAGAUACCAUGCCUCACCCCAGACGGCUUCGCCCGCUGGCUGACCAUUCAAAUGCUACUAUGCCCCGACGAGAAUAUAGGCUUCCUACAAAGAGCAGUCAAAAUCUGGAACGUCCCUGGUCCCAGCAAUACCAUUUUCCCCAAAUUCAUCCCCAGAGAAGUCUUUCCUUCUCGCCCAGAUGAGGAUAUGGAGAACUGGCACAGAAUGGUCACCGGCAAAUUGAACCAGAAGAACUAUAUGCGCCGGAUUCAGAAUUCGCCAUACCAGUCCCCUCAUCCCGAUCCUCAUGAUCGACGUGAUGGCUACUUCUCUGGCUCUCAAGUAGGCAGAUCGUCCAGGCCGUCCCGAAGCAGUUCGCGUGACGACAAGACGGCCCUCUAUCGACGACGAAGUAGUGUCCCCGAUUUCGCCUCUCCUACCGGUGAACGCGCUUCUCACUGGGACCCAAACCAUCCCGACAGUGCAAGGAAGGCUAGAAGCCACUCUGCACAACGGCAUCAACCUCCUCCACCAGGACGUCAGCGAUCUCACACUGCGUCGGGCAAUCAUGCAAGCCAACACACCGGAUCUUCUCCAACUAGCCCCUCAAGCAAAAGGCACGGCCCCAACCCCCCCGAACAGAACGGACGACGCAGUUCCGGCUACAACACCCACUAUCGUUCCCCAGCCCGCACUCCCUCGACUGUCGACGAAGAUACCGGCAGUGAGGCGAGCUCCGAGAAUUCACAGGCUGGUCACCGUCCUCAUAGGCCUACGGACGACCGCCGUAGUAGUCGCCGCUCUAGUCUUUGGGUUCCUUCAAUCUUCAGGUCGCACAAACGUCGGCAUUCGUCUGAUGCAAGCUACCGUGCACCCUCAAAACAUACACAACCUCUACGACCCGAGUACUACCCACCUCGUCCGAAUAACACACAACCUCAACAACCACCACACCCUUCUCGUGGAGCCACUGCCCCUCAAUGGCGUGAAACCAAUUGGGAAAGUGAUCCACCAAGCGCGAAUCCUAUCCAUCCCACUAUACGCUAUCCCGAUCAACACAAUUUUGGUCAACCUUUGACCAGAGAAAGUAGUAGUGGCAGCGGAACCGAUCACCGCCAUCGCGCUUCUGACUAUGAAAGAAAUAAUCAACGAAGACAGCAGCCUGUCCAACCUCGGAUUGCAACGGUUGCAGGUGUUCAUGGACGGCAAUAUCCUGAUGCUUUGAGUCCACUCGAGAGACAACGAAGUCAUGCAACUUCUCGCGGCGGUGUUGCAGCAGCUGUAUGA